GUUAAACAUGGCGUAGAAAAAGUUGUGUUUUGUUUGUCAAUAUUUUGACAAAUCGCCUUGCACCAACUUCCUGUUCAAAACCUAGCAAAUUUAAACGUACUGGAAUAUUGUUAUACAUUUUCCCCGAUUGAUUUUAUGAACAGCAAUCUGAAAACUAAUCUUUGGACGUUGUGAAACUAGUGCUAAGUUACAUGUGCAAUGAAGCCUGGAUAUAGUGGAUAAAGAUUGGAUGAAAACAAGAAGAGUUUGGACUUGCAAUCUGUUGUUUGUUCAAGUACUGAAGUAGUGUGCGUGUAUAUUGAGCAAUAUUCUAUUUUAAGAAAUGACUUAAACUCAUCAUGUUAAAGAAAAUAUGUAAAAUAUUCAAUAGAUAAAGAGAAAAUAUGUAAAUGUUUCAAGUCUGAAAAGAAAAUAUGUAAAAUGGAUGAACAAUCACUGAAUGAACUGUUGGAAUGUUCUGUGUGUCUGGAGAGACUGAAUCACACCAGUAAAGUUCUGCCAUGUCAACACACCUUCUGCAGACGAUGUUUAGAUGAAAUUUUACUGACAAAGCAGGAAUUGCGAUGUCCUGAGUGCAGGGCGCUCAUUGAAACGAAAGUAGAGGAUUUACCGAACAAUAUUUUGCUGAUACGAUUAUUGGAGGGUUUGAAAACGUGUGGUGUUGUGUCGAAACUCGAUAGCGAACCUCCGUUAAGACGGCGCGACAAUGUCUCAUCUACUAGUUCAACUUCAAGACAAUCAAAUAGACAGGUCAAACAGCCUUGUGCCAAAGCAUUAUAUGAUUAUGAAGCCAAAGAAAGUGGUGAUUUGGCGUUUAAGAAAGGAGAAGUGGUUUUAUUAAAGAAACAGUUAGAUGAUAAUUGGUAUCAAGGAGAAUUAAACAGUCAAAUUGGAUUUUUUCCUUCAAGUUAUGUUCAGGUUAUUGUACCACUGCCUCAAAUUCCUCAGUGUCGAGCUUUAUAUGACUUUGAUCUAAAAGAUGAAAAAGAAAAAGAUUGUCUUGUAUUUAAAAAGGAAGAUAUUUUAACAGUUAUGAGAAGAGUUGAUGAAAAUUGGAUCGAAGGUAGAAAAGGAGAAAAAAUAGGAAUAUUUCCACUUACUUUUGUAGAGUUAAAUGAUGCUGCCAAGACGUUAGUCAAUUCUAAGCCUAGUUCCAGUAUAUUACAAGCAGCCAAUAAGCUGCCCACAAGUUCACCUCGUUCGACGUCCGCUGGCGGCACAACUUCAAACACUGUUCUACCUUCAGCUAUAGCUGCCAGUCUACCACAGCAGAAACGGCACUCUUUUACACAUACUUCUCACUCCUCACCUUCACCCCCGAACCCCCAGCGGCAUUCUCUCGAACUAGGAAGUAGCGGAGGAUUUAAUAUACUUUCAUCCAGUGUUAAUAGUAGUACUCCAGCUGUAGUCUCAACGUCCAGUACUUCGUCUACAUCUAAUGUAGUUUCGCUGCCCACUCAGAGAUCUGAGAGUCCAGAUAGAAAUUCUCCGCGCGUGGUUAGCCCUCCAGUACAGAGUUCCUCACCUACAUCUAAUCUGACAACACCAUACUAUCUGUCCGUGUAUAAUUGUAAGUCAAUGUUAAAUUCUAGCGAUCUGUCAGUGUAG